AUAUUAACUUUUAAUGGUACUUUCAUGUUGAAUGUAACUUAAAUGUCAGAAAAUGCAGUUUCUGUAAGAAAUUUAGCUAAAGUAUGAACGUUUUCGUUUGGGUCAAGCUGAAUUUAGGGGUUUCGCACUUCAUUUUUGUUAGUGUAGUUGGAAACCAUUUCGGAGUAAAAAGGUUUAAUGCCAGAAGUCUGCGAUGGGACAGUGGCGAAAACUUUGAUAUAUUUUGACGAAAUUUGCCGAUUUUUUGACUGAUAACUUCAACGAGAAUGCCAGUUCUGCACGUAGGUGCUGAUGCAGGAUAUCACUGAAAGUCGCCAGUGUCGCUGAAACGAUUGUCACUACCAAAUUCAUUAAUUUUCGGAGUGUUAUUGCGCACGGUUAUCUGCUCGUGUUUCCCCCAGGGUUAGGGGACCAAUCUACAGAUCCAUGGAAACUUUCCAAGAUCAGUACGGUCCCCAACUGAUUCAGCGAUGUGUGAUUGUGCAGAAAGAUGAGAGGGGUUACGGCCUGACUGUGAGUGGAGACAAUCCCGUCUUCAUUCAAAGCGUCAAAGAUGAUGGCGCCGCAUUCAGAGCCGGGGUCCAGAAAGGGGAUCGGAUAAUCAAGGUGAAUGGGACUCUAGUCACGUCUUGCAAUCACCUUGAAGUUGUGAAACUCAUCCGAUCGGCAUCUUACGCAGCGUUAACAUUGCUUGGCCUGCCGCCAGGAAUGAAGAACCAAUCACCGUUAUCGCCUCCUCAUCAGGGCAACGCAACGGCCAAACCAAACCAACGACGUGAAGUCACACGACCUGUAGCAGUGACGCCGGAGAAAGAUGCAGAGUUGAAGAAUGAGCGAAUGCAGACGUUGAAGGAAAUGUUAGAACAGGAAAAGGAACUAUAUCAGAGAAUGAAAUCCGUGUAUGAUGUUAAUCCAACGGAGAAACUCUUCAGAGAACUGAGUGGAAUCACAACCAGGAUAAAGGUCAUGGAAAGUCAGCUCACCCGGGCCGCUAGUAUGCAAGCCAAGGUCCAGACAACAGAUCCUCGCGAGGUUCAAAGCUCCGCAGACCAAGAAGUGGAAAACAAAAACAGGAACGCACAGCAAAAUAAUCAUAAAGAAAAGCGUAAAUCAGAAACUAGAUCUUGGUUACCUCAUGGCAUCAUUCACGCGAGGCAAAGAUCAAGCCCGGAGACUCUGGGUGUCAUGAGUGAAAUCCAACCCGGCACCAAUCUAAAGAGGAACAACUCGGAUGCACAGUCUAAAGAGACUGCUGCCAGGAAGAAACAUGUGCGGGGUAUGGGAGCCGCAGAGUCUGAAAUCAGACGCAAACGCUCCGAUAACAUCGAGCAGUUAGGACGGAGUCAAUCUUUACCCGCCGAGCCCGGCGGAGCUGACAGCGACAUGGCCGACAGUUCUCCCAACUCUACACCACCGGCGAAGCGAAGAACUGACACCGACUCAAGCCUUGAGAAUCAGGAAGGGGGAUCAGUGGUCAGUAUGACGACUAAGCCGCAUCGUGAUGGUACCGUGGUCCCCCCGAGCCAACCCUUCAAGAUUGCCACCGUCGGCACAGUGGAACCAUUAACCUCCGAAGUCCUCACGAACAUGCAGGCGCCUCAAGUCCAAAUCAUGUCUAUGGAAGACGACGAUUUCCAAUCUGAUAAUGAAACGCACAAGAGGGAUUCUGCAUGUUCUGUGAGCCAACCCAAGUUUGAAACAUUACAAGAAAGCAUGUCUGACCAUCCGCAUGGAAACAUCCAAUCCUUUGAGGAUCACGGUCCGUUUAUUAAGCUGGAACAGCUUGAGAAGAAACCAGCACACAUGUCCAUCUUCCUGCAUUAUCUCAUCUCUAAUAGUGAUCCUUCCAGUUUGUUUUUCUACCUGGUGACGGACAAUUACCGAACCGGAAGCCUGAAAGAAAUGAAGAAAUGGGUCUAUGAGAUCUUCUCCACCUUCCUAGCUCCGUUAGCGCCUCUGAGAAUACAAGUGAACGAUGGGAUCGUCCAGUCUAUAGAAACCACCAUGAGCACUCAGUUGCAGAACGAGGAGGCCAUGAAGAGCAUCUUCCUGGCAGCGCGACAGAGCGCCACCGCAGAGAUCCGAGAACUCCUGGCAGACUUUCGGGCCAAGCGGGCGCUCGGGCUGGGCUCGAUCUUCGGCGACCAGCAGCUUCACAACGAGGACAUGGACCGGACGCAAGAACUGAAGAUCGUGGAGCAGACGCUGAUGCCACAUUUGGACAGACUGACCACUUUGGAAGCAGAGCGAGAAGACAAGAACGUCGCCAUGGCAUUUGCCAUCACCACCUUCAUGAAGCAGGUCGGCGUUCGUGUCACCAGCAACAGCCCCCUGGAAAGAUGCCCCAGCUUCACGGCCCGAGACAAACGGACGAAAUGGGGAGGCAAGAACAAGAAACAACACAUCAAGGGACACCAGUUUGUUGAGAUGCACUACCAGUCGACGGUAUUCUGCAAUCACUGCAACGGCUUGCUGUGGGGGAUCGGUUUUCAAGGGUACCAGUGUCAAAACUGCGAGUUCAACGUGCAUAAGACGGGUCUGUGCCUAGACCAACUUGAGGAUCCGUGCCAAGGCAAAGAGGGCAAGAAGUCCAAGAACUGGAGGCGGAUGAUCCCUGGCGGUCAGCGACGGACGUCCGACAGAAUGAGUCAGUACCUUCCCCCAGUCUUCUUCGCAGGUGAUAGGAAGGAUGAUAGUGAGAAGACAGCCACAUCUCCCAGUGCAGCCAUCAGCCCUCUACCGAUUCCACCCAUCAGGCCAGGGCUAGGCGAAGAUGAAGAAAUCACCCAACUGAAGAAGGAAGUCAACGUUGACAGUCUGGUCAAACAGUUUGAAGUCAAGACAGACGACCCUCUCGUCGGUUCCCACUCCUCGCAAACUGACAGCGGGAUCUCAGAGAGCUAUGAUAGGCUGCAGGACGUAACGGAGGGAGAGACCACUGCAACCAAACGCUCCUUCCUCAACAGAUCGGCAAGCCUCAAAACAAAGGGCGAGGAGAAGAGAGAACGAAGACCGCCCGGCGAUCGUCGAUCAAGAAGUGUGCUUGUUUCAUCCUCCAACGAUCGUACCUCAUCGCAAUCGACUGAUGACGUUGACAUGGAUGGACACAGCGUGGUGACUGCUCUCACCAAUACAGCACAUGACAGUUCAUCAUCAAGCUUAUCAACGAGAAGUCAGGAUUCUCAGUCUGCAUCCAAUGAUUCCUUAUCCUGUCGUCCCAAUGAGGAAGACCAGGCUGAGGAUUCGGACAUGGAGGCUGAGGCUGAGCCAUCCAACUGGCAGGACUUUGUGGAUAAAGACAUCGUUAAGCGCCUCAAGCCGAAGGAAGUCAAGAGGCAGGAAGUUAUCAAUGAGUUAUUCCACACGGAGAGGUCGCACGUUCGCAAUCUGAAGGUUCUUGACAGGGUUUUUUAUCGGCCGAUGCUACGAGAGCAGGUUCUCUCCAAGGAGCUGAUUCACGCCAUCUUCCCUAAUCUCAACGAGAUGCUGGAACUCCAUGGGCCACUCAACGAGUACAUGAAGAAGGAACGCAAGACGUCGCAUGUCAUUCAACAAGUCGGGCACGUCCUCCUGAAAACAUUUGACGGUGAGGCAGGGGAAACUGCUAAGCGGAUUUGCGCCACGUUCUGCCAGAACCAAAAAGCUGCUCUGGAGAUGCUGAAGCACAGACAGAAGAAAGACAGCCGCUUAGCGCAGUUCCUAACAGAUGCUGAGGCCAAUUCGUUAUGUCGGCGUCUACCCUUACAAGCCAUCAUAUCAACUGGAAUGCAGAGACUAACCAAGUACCCGUUACUCAUCGAGAACCUCUUGAAAUAUACACCAGCCAAGUCAAAGGAGUAUGAAGUCCUGGGUAAAUGUUCACAGUGCACCAAGAAGCUACUGGCACAUGUCAACCAGGCAGUCAAGGAAUGUGAGAACCAUCAACGAUUGGUAGAUAUCAACCGACACUUAGAUAAGGGUCCGUUUGAGCGCUCCAACCACCCCAUCGCUGCUGAAUACAAGAGUCUGGACUUAACAUCACGGAAACUUCUUCACGAUGGCGCCCUGACGUGGAAACUCAGCAAAACCAAAACACUCGAUAUUUACGCGCUUCUGUUUUCGGACAUCCUAGUAGUGCUUCAGAAGCAGGACGAUCGCUACGUCAUGAAAUGUCACAGCACUACGGUACCCACGCAGCUGGAGGAGAAGAAGAACACGCACAGUCCCAUCAUUAAGAUCAAUAGUGUGCUGUGUCGUGAAGUGGCAACGAAUAAGAGAGCCUUCUUUCUCGUGAGCACGUCCAACGCUGGGCCGCAAAUCUACGAGCUCACCACCAUCUCGACCUCUGAGCGCCAAGCGUGGAUGGACAUGAUCUUAAGAACUCAGGAAAUGAUCAGAAAGAACGGCAAAACGGGCGAGCCUGGUGCGGCCAGCAGCACGGUCUCCAACAGCUACUUCAAGAUCAUCGAAGAGGAUUCGGAAGAUAUCGCUGGCAAACCUGAUUCGGGAGAAGGUGCGGCUAAGCAUAUGGAAGCCGGGCCGUCCAGCAUAGAGAUCAACCACCCACCGCAAGUCAGUCAACCGGAGGUGGUUAUACAAGGAUCUAUGGUCACAGAUGAACCAAGACAGGAGUCACCAUUAGAAGCCUCGUCAACUAUGGCCAAAUUGCUACAAGAGGACAUGUCAAGUGAUGCUCGUGCAACAGACAAGGCCUAUAUGAUCAGUGCGCUAAGCACACAUCUGUCUGUUCUACAAAAAGCCAAUUACGAGAAGCGAGACAGCAAGCGAGAGGAGCUGAUAGACAAAGCCACCACACAGAUCCAGACACUCAGUAAAAGCCUGCAGGGUGACUUUACUCGGAUCGAGUCAGAGCUGCAACAGAAGACGCAGGAACUAACGCGUGCCCAGCAAGCGUUACUGGAGCAGUCGCAAAACCAACUAGAAGAACAGAGGCAACUUGAGCAACGUCAACAAGAGCAGCGCCAAUCUGGACCAGAGUCGUUCUACAUACGCUCACCCAAUGCCCUCCGGACAGAAACAUCGGACGAGAUUGCAGCGAGGAAGAAAGCCAAUAGGAUAUCAUCAUCGGCAGAUUCCGGCGGCAGCACGACAGAUUCUGAAGAAUCGGGAGCUGUGGAAUCGUCCGAGCCUGAGGAAGCGUAUACGCCAAAAGAACGGCCGAGUAGUUUAGUCAUGGAAAGCGAGGAAGGGGACCAGUUAAUGAAUGUUGGUGCGCAGUACCAACGAGCGGAACCGCAGGAAGCGGUCGCGAUCGUGAACGAGGGACUGGUGAAUCUCCAACGCGCUCAAGUUCGGAAAGUCACCGACGUGGACAGUGCCGAAGUUGACCACAUCAUGGAAAGACUUCAUAUUAAGAGAGCUUCCGUGAACGGAAUCAAGGAUCGGACUGGCCCCGGCGAGAACUUGAGAUCAGUAACAGACUCGGAAGACAUGGAAGAAAUGACUGAAUCGGCUCAGGAGCUGUCCAUCGGGAACGUCGCCCUCGCCGAGGAAAACUGGGGCACUCCACCAAAGGAAUUAGAAGCGCUUGAAAACCAAGCAGUUGAGGUUGGCAUGGCAACCAGACUUGACGAUCUCCUUAACGAGGACAGCGAUAGUGAUCAGGAAACAGUUGUCGCUAGUGGGAGUUUUAAAACGGAACAGCUGGAACACGACGCCGAUUUGAUAAACACCAGUCCUGAAAUCACCCAAUCGCAGGAUGCAUUCUCGUCAUCAGAAAGCGACCCUAAUGCAAUAUCCACGCCAAGUGCUGAAAAGUCGCGAAAUGAAAACGGCGGAACAGAUUCAACGUCGAAUCAAAUCCCAUCGACUAACCAGGACUGCGUGAUUGACAGCUCCCAAUCGGAGACAAACUUCGCAAACUUGUCACAAACUUCAAAAGCACAGUCCCCUAAAUUGCCUAACGAAGCAGACACUACUACACUGCCCUCACUAGGCGAACCUAGUGGCGUAAACAGCCAACCAACAAGCCUUAUAGCAACUACAGACUCAGAAACUGAAAAAACAAGGCAGGAAGAAGGACACGUUAGUUUACAAGGGGAUGAUGCAAAAAAUAGUGGAGCGGAAGUUGGUGAGCAAGAUGUAGCAACUGCGGAAACGAACCAAGUUGUGGAUGUUAGUGAGGCUGGUGGUGAAAAUGAGAAACACAGCGACGAAGACGUUGAGGAGAUCAGCCAAGAAGGUGGUGAAAAGGAUGAACAUGUGAGUGGUGAUGGUGAAAGUGGUGAAAGUGAUAAUGAUGAUGAAGAUGAUGGAAAUGAUAGUGAUGAAGAAGAUAAUGGUGAAGACGAUGAUCGAGGAAACGAGGGUGAAAGUCGUGGUGUUGGUGAGAUUCCUGAAGUUGAUGGUGGUGAUUAUGAUGAUGAUGAUGAUGAUAGUGGUGAUUACGAAACAAUCAAGUAGUGUACAAGUCACAAUUGUCGCCGCCAUGCCAACACUGAGAAAUCUUCCAGGAUGGCCAAAGAAACAUCAGCAGACUCCUUAGUGCUUCGUUCCAAGCUUCCAUGCAAGCAGCGAUGUUGUUGGUCCAAUCUGUAUCACCAUAGCAACCUCAUCAGUGAUUGCUUCGUUACUUAGUGACACAUCAUCCAUAAUUGAAACACUUUAUGCCAGAUGUUACCAAUCGGUUACGUAAAAAGCUAAGUAGAUGGGGAAAAAAUUAAUCCUGUUCUGUGUUAAGGAUGGUAUAGAACAGUGAAAAAAGUUUUGAUAAUUACACACCGAGAGAAAUAAAACAGAUUGUGAAUUUGGUGAUGAAAUCCUGUUUCCUGUGUAUAAAUACUGCGAAUAAAAUCUAAGUACUUAAAAGAA